ACUCCCGCAUGGUAGCUGGAGCGGCAAACGACUGCUUAGGGAUUUGAAGCCAGGUGUCCUAACUUCCUCCAUGGGCGCUCAGCCUGGAGAACCUCAGAACCCUUGCUCCAGGAUCCAGACGCUGUUUAGGAGGGUCAAGACCUUACUCAUCAAAGCCCCGCCUCCCCCACCACCUCCACCCCCACCCCCAUCCUGGAACCCUGGCUGUACACACGUGUAUGAAUACGUGUUUGGACACAUGCAUGACAACAACCUUGACCAUCUCCUGUCACAGCAGGUGCUGGACACAGGAGAGCAGCUGAUGGUCCCUGUGGAAGUCCUGGAAGUGGAUAACGAGGGGGCCUUGUGGAAGUUUCUGCUCUCGGGAGCUAUGGCUGGGGCGGUGUCUCGCACAGGCACGGCACCUCUGGACAGAGCCAGAGUGUACAUGCAGCUACUCGGGAGACUGAGGCAGGAGAAUUGCCUGAACCAGGGAGGCGGAGGUUGCAAUGAGCCGAGAUCCCCCCACUGCACUCCAGCCUGGGCAAUAGAGUCUACUCCUCCAAGACGAACUUCACCAACCUGCUGGGGGGGCUACAGAGCAUGGUCCAGGAGGGAGGCUUCCGCUCCCUGUGGCGGGGCAACGGCAUCAACGUGCUCAAGAUUGCUCCUGAGUAUGCCAUCAAGUUCUCCGUAUUUGAGCAGUGCAAGAAUUACUUCUGUGGACUACAAGGGUCCCCGCCCUUCCAGGAGCGUCUCCUCGCUGGUUCCCUGGCUGUGGCCAUCUCCCAGACCCUCAUUAACCCCAUGGAGGUGCUGAAGACACGGCUGACCUUGCGACGGACGGGCCAGUACAAAGGGCUGCUGGACUGCGCCAGGCAGAUCUUGCAGCGGGAGGGCGCCCGCGCCCUUUACCGUGGCUACCUGCCUAAUAUGCUCGGCAUCAUCCCCUAUGCCUGCACCGACCUGGCUGUCUAUGAGAUGCUCCAGUGCUUCUGGCUGAAGUCAGGCAGGGAUAUGGGGGACCCCAGUGGCCUGGUCAGUCUGUCAUCUGUGACGCUAUCCACGACCUGUGGCCAGAUGGCCAGCUACCCACUGACUCUAGUGCGCACCAGGAUGCAGGCCCAAGAUACCGUGGAGGGCUCAAAUCCCACCAUGCGCGGAGUCCUCCAGCGGAUCCUGGCCCAGCAGGGCUGGCUAGGGCUGUACCGAGGCAUGACCCCCACGCUACUGAAGGUCUUACCAGCAGGUGGCAUCAGCUAUGUGGUGUACGAAGCCAUGAAGAAAACCCUGGGCGUAUAGGCUGUGAGCUGGACGACACAGCCUAGGCAGAAAUGGGACAGGAGGACCUGAUGACCCCGGCCCCAAAGAGCCCUCAAGGCCUCAAGGCUCAGGCCCUGGAGCAGUUGUUGGUGGCAAAAGCAGGCUGGGGCUGGGGUGGGGGUGGGGCGCUGGGUCAGAAGAUUCCUGAGGCUGGGAUUGGUAGGUGGGGGGUGGUGCUGCGUCAGAAGAUUCCCGGGGUUCCCUCCCCGGGGUGCAGCCUGAGACAAGAAACGUGGACUCCAGGCUGGCUCCUUGUGGGUCGUCCUGGCUCCAGGGCGAAAUGGUGAACAUGUCACACAACAAGGAAUAAAGAGAUGUUUUUUGCUGAA